AUGGGCUCCCAUCCUCGAUACACGGCCCUACUCUGCGAUCUCGGCGACGUCCUCUUCUCUUGGUCAUCGGAAACCAGAACGACCAUUUCGUCUCGAACCCUCCGUCAUAUCCUUGCCUCGCCCACUUGGUUUGAUUACGAGUGUGGUCGCCUGUCUGAAGAUGAAUGCUACAAACGCGUCGGGUCCGAGUUCAAGAUCGAGCCAUCCGAAAUUGCCCAAGCUUUCAUCCAAGCUCGCGAUUCGUUGCGUUCCAACGAUGCAUUCAUUGCCCUAAUACGAGAUCUGAAGAGUCAGUCGCAGAACACGUUGCGUGUCUACGCCAUGUCCAACAUCUCGCUGCCGGACUAUGAAGUCUUGCGUACGAAGCCCGCUGACUGGGACAUAUUUGACGAUGUGUUUACCUCUGGCGCUGUUGGGGAACGCAAACCCAAUCUUGGCUUCUACAAGCAAGUGCUGCAGAAGAUAAAGGUCGAUCCCCAUCAAGUGAUCUUCGUCGACGACAAGCUAGAAAAUGUACUUUCGGCUCGCUCGUUGGGCAUACAUGGCAUUGUAUUCGAUGAUGUCAAUCACGUUGGGCGCGCACUUCGUAAUCUAGUGGGCGAUCCCGUGAAGAGAGGGCAGGAGUUUCUGACCAAGAACGCCCAACACCUCGAGUCGGUCACGGACGGCGGCAUUGUGCUUCAGGAAAAUUUUGCCCAACUACUGAUUUUGGAGGCUACCAACGAUCGAAGUUUGGUAAACCUAUUUGGACACACCAGCACAUGGAAUUUCUUCCGUGGUAAAGGCCAACUUACUACCGAAGAAUUUCCCUUCGAUCUAGACACGACUUCCCUGGGCAUAACAGUUACGAAACCCAGCUCAGCCGUUGCACAUUCUGUAAUGGAUGAAAUGCUAAGCUUCGUGAACUCGGACGGGAUCAUUCAGACAUAUUUCGACCACCGACGCCCACGGUUUGACCCUGUCGUCUGUGUCAAUGCCCUUUGCUUGUUUUACUCCCAUGGUCGCGGGCAUGAGCUGAAGAAGACCUUGGAGUGGGUCCACGAAGUUCUGCUCAACAGGGCUUAUUUGGAGGGCACGCGCUAUUAUGAAACACCUGAAUGUUUCCUGUUCUUCCUCAGUCGGCUAUUGCAGGCAACAGGCGACGCAGAAAUCCACGGAUUAUUAAAGCCGCUACUAAGGCUUCGCGUUCAGGAGCGUGUCGGUGCCGACGGCGAUGCCCUAGCCCUAGCUAUGCGAGUCCUCGUCUGCGAUUCCGUCGGCUUGAGGGAUGAGGUUGACCUUCGGUCCCUUCUACCACUACAAUGUGAAGACGGCGGUUGGGAGAUUGGUUGGAUUUACAAGUACGGGUCUUCGGAAAUCAAGAUCGGCAAUCGUGGUUUGACGACGGCUCUGGCUAUCAACGCUAUCACGGCAAUGGGACCCAACAUCCGCCACACGUCCAUCAUCGCCACUGACUGA